AUGGCGGAGGUGAGCAACAAGAGGGUGAUCCUGAAGCGCUACGUGACGGGGUUCCCCUCCGAGGAAGACAUGGAGCUCGUCCCCGCGACGGCGCGCCUGGCCGUGCCGCCGGGGUCGGCCGCCGUGGUGGUCAAGAACCUCUACCUCUCCUGCGACCCCUACCUGCGCAGCCGGAUGUCCGGGAACGACGAGCCCAGCCACGUGCCGGACUUCGUCCAGGGGGAGGUUUUAACUACUUUAGGCGUGAGCAAGGUGGUGGAAUCCGGGCACCAGGAUUACAAGCCCGGUGAUCUGGUGUGGGGAUUGACAGGAUGUGAAGAGUACACUUUGAUCACGGACCUGCAGUCACAUUUCAAGAUCAACCAUCCUGACUUGCCGCUUUCAUACUACACAGGAGUUCUUGGCAUGCCUGGCCUUACUGCCUAUGUUGGAUUUUUUGACGUGGCCAAGGCAAAGAAGGGCGACUAUGUCUUUGUGUCGGCAGCGUCAGGUGCCGUUGGACAGCUUGUCGGGCAGCUUGCCAAGAUCUCUGGCUGCUACGUGGUUGGUAGUGCCGGUUCUGAUGAGAAGGUCAACCUCCUAAAAACAAAGUUCGGGUUUGACGAUGCCUUCAACUACAAGAAGGAGCAGGACCUGGACGCCACACUGAAGAGGUGCUUCCCGGAGGGCAUCGACAUCUACUUCGAGAACGUGGGCGGCGCAAUGCUGGACGCGGUGCUUCUCAACAUGAGGAUGCACGGGCGGGUGUCGGUGUGCGGGAUGAUCUCGCAGUACAACCUGGAGCAGCGCGAGGGCGUGCGCAACCUCUUCUGCAUCAUCACCAAGCGCAUCCGCAUGGAGGGGUUCAUCGUGACGGAUCACUACGGCAGCUACAGAAAGUUCGAAGAGGAGAUGGCCGGCUACCUCAAGGAAGGGAAGAUCACCUACGUGGAGGACGUCGCCGAGGGCAUCGAGAGCUUCCCGGCGGCGCUCAUCGGGCUCUUCUACGGGCGCAACAUCGGAAAGCAGCUGGUGGCCGUCGCACGAGAGUGA